AAGGGUCAGUUUGUGGGAUUAUGAUUUUUGAGCACCACUUGUGUUGGACCUAUAAAUUCAUCACAAGUUGGUUUCAGUUCCUUCAACCAGCUAGCAAUAGAGGAAAAAACAAAGAUGGAAGAUUACUUCUUAUUGAUCAAAAUGUUGGUAUUUUCUUUGGUUUCUGUAAUUCUGUAUUUGGUUCUGAGAGUUGUUCAUGUCUAUUGGGUAAGACCCAGAAGCUUAGAGAAGCAGUUGAGAAAGCAAGGCAUCAGAGGCAGAUCUUACAAGCUUUUCCAUGAUGACAUGAAAGAAAUGAGCACGUCCAGCAGAGAAGCAUGGUCCAAACCCAUGUCACUCAACCACCAGAUUGCUCCACGUGUCCUCCCAUAUUUUCAUCAAAUGGUUCAAAAAUAUGGAAAAGUGAGUUUGGGGUGGAUGGAAACAAGGCCAAGGCUAAUAGUAACAGACCCAGAGCUAAUCAAGGAUAUAUUAAUAAACAAAAAUGGGCAUUUCAUAAUGCCACCACUGAAUCCACUUGUGAAACUUCUGCAAUUGGGCGUCUCAACCUUGGAAGGAGAGCAAUGGACCAAACGCAGAAGGAUCAUCAAUCCUGCUUUCCACCUUGAGAAAUUAAUGGGUAUGGAGACUUCAUUUGUAACCGGUUGUUCUGGCAUGAUCGAUCGAUGGGAAAAGUUAAUUGGUGUUGAAGGAUCAAGGGAAGUAGAUGUGGCACCAGAAUUUCAAAAUUUGAUUAGUGAAGUUAUAGCUCUAACGGCCUUUGGAGGCAGCUUUGAAGAUGGGAAGCUAUUUGAGCUUCAGAAAAAGCAAGCCGCUUUAUCACGUGAAGCCUAUUAUGGUUUCUAUUUCCCAGGGUUCAGAUUCAUACCCACCAAAAAGAACAGAUUGAGGUAUAAGGUGGACAAUGAAAUCAAAGCAAUAUUAAGGGCUACGAUCAGGAAGAAAGAGCAAGCCAUGGAAAAUGGUGAAGUGGGUGCAAAUAAUGAUUUGUUGGGUUUACUGUUACAAUGCAAAGCACAAGAGGAAAAUAGUAUGACAAUUGAGGAUGUCAUAGAGGAGUGCAAGUCAUUCUACUUUGCUGGCCAAGAAAGCAUAGCCACCUUGUUGACUUGGACGAUGAUUCUGUUAUGCAUGCAUCCAAACUGGCAAGAAAAGGCAAGAGAAGAAGUCCUCCGUGUGUUUGGAAAGAAAACACCUGAUUUAGAUGGCAUAAAACACCUCAAAAUCGUGACGAUGAUAUUGACCGAAGUUUUGAGGCUAUAUCCAUCUCUAGUUCUUCUAUUUAGGCACACCCACCAGAAAACAAAUGUAGGAGGCCUUUCCAUCCCAGCUGGGGUUGAUUUCGUGUUUCCGAUUCUUUUUCUACAUCACGAUCCAAAAUAUUGGGGUGAAGAUGUUGAGGAGUUCAACCCAGAGAGAUUUUCCGAAGGAGUUGUGAAGGCAUCAAAGGAUCAAACUGCAUUUUUCUCAUUUGGGUGGGGGCCUAGAUUAUGUCUAGGGCAAACUUUUGCUAUGUUAGAAGGAAAGGUAGCUCUGGCGAUGAUUCUUCAGCAUUUUUCACUUGAGCUCUCACCUUCUUACACUCAUGCUCCUGUUAUCUCGAUUUCCGUUAAGCCAAAACAUGGAGCCCCAAUCAUACUGCAGAGGAUAUAAGAUGCUGAAAUUGUUGCCUAAUAACUAGAUUCGACUAAACGUAGAAUCUUCAAGUAAUUUGAGUGCACGAAAGAUUGUAAAAUAUUUAAUAUCGAGUGUAGAUGGUUAAAAUACUUAAUAUCAAGUGCCGAUUGUAAAAUAUUUAAUAUUUAAUAUCGUUUGCAAAAAAGAUUGUAAAAUAUUCUGACGUAGGCAUACAAAAACUGCUUCAUGAUGCGAACAAAAACUGCUUCAUGAUGCGAACAGUUUAGAAAAAUCCCUAGUCAUUUAGA